GGAGGGUCCGGAUCUGGACCUUACAUAAAUGUACGAUUUUACCCAAGUGAACAAAGUAAGAAGCCUUUGAAAGCGUGUUAGUUAGCCCUGCUGCAUGUGUCAGAGCAUUGCUCUGUUUGUUUACUCUGGCCACUAGACCCCGAGCACAUGCACACCUUGUCGCUCAGCAUAUCUGGAUAAUCGUUUUGCAGUCUUUGAUUGACCGUGGAUCCAAGAUGUCAGUGGUGGAUAUCCUCCUGAAAUUGCCGGGGUUCUUGUAUAGGGUCACUCUACAUGGCAUUGCCAUUGUGGUUUGCUUCAUGGUCGGACUGUACUUGAAAAUCGGACAAUUCAUUCUGGACAAGAUCUUGAUGGUUUUGGAUUUCUUUGGCGCGACCGUGGAACGCGAUCUCGUGACAGCUCAUGCUCAGAAGGAGAAAUUGGAACCCGUGUACCUGAAUGGAAGCCACAAACCCCACCAGUUCAUUGAUGAGCCGCGAACGUUGGAAAACUCUAGAUUCCCCUUGGGUCGGGACAUCCUCGUACAGAAGUCCAAAGAACUCAUUGAGAGCGAAUUUGGCACCAAGAAGCCGGAACUUCUGGCCGACAACUUUCUCUUUGUGUUCCCCGUGGUCGGUCCCUUGCGGAAAGCCGACUUCAUCUUGGCCUUCUCAUCGUUCAAAGUGGAGCAGGCGUUCCCGGAUUCGAAGAAUAACUUUUACAACUUUUUCGUCGACCCACUGGAACCCAAUCGGGUGUGGUUCUUGACCCGACCCGAGCUCGUCCACUCUGGAACGCUGAACUUUGGGACCAAGAAGAUCCCACCUACCGGCAUCAAGGUGAUCCCGCCCCCACAAAUGUUGAGUUUCACCUUUGACCGUGAGGGACGUUGCUACAAGAUGACUGGCGGUUACUCUGUGGAUCGAACUGUGGGCAACACUGGGGGCUUGGGCGGUCUUUUCGGCAUCUUUUAUGCCGUGGGCCAGACCCUGCCUUUCCCCGAGGCUCAACCUUGGAAGCACUCGCCUCAAUGGGAGACUUUCUACAGGCGUGUGCCUCAGAUUCAAAACGAAUGGAAGAAUCUAAUGGGCGAAUGAGAUGCUUUCAUGCCAAACUAGACGCCGGCCAAGUUCUAUACGUUGUUGUUUUAUACAUGACCGAAUUAUUUUAUUAAAGGAUUGAUUUAUCAAAGAG